CAUCUAGCACAAUCAGUAACCGCUUGACUUCCGAGGGGAGCGGAUCGGCGAGCGGCGCGAGGGCUGGGCAAGGCGCUCCGGAUCGGGACGCUCUGAGGCAGCGAGCGCUUGCGUGCCGCACCGGGACGGGGGCCGCGCCGUGCCACCACGUGUGACUGUGACUGUGCUUCAUCGUGACGGGCCCCGUGGAGGCCAGGUCCGAGCCCCUGGACGAGCCCCUCAACCUGACGACGCGCAGCCGCGACACCUCGCCGUCGUCGCCCCCGACGCCCCCGCUGCCGCCGGUCGUGGGCCGCUCGGCCUUCCGCGAGCCCCUCAACGGGCUGGUGGGCCCCCUCGUGCUCCCGGCCGGCCUGCCGCUCGGAGGCCCCCUCGGGGGCGUGCCCACGGUGCCCCCCGUCAGAGUGCCCGCCGUUCCAGUCAGGGAUUCGACGACGCCGACGAGCAGCACCAAGCGGCGGCGGGGCGGCGGCGUGUCGGACGGCGGCGGUUCGGGCGAGUCCUCGCACAGCGACAGCGUGCCUGACGCUGGCGCCGCCGACCGGAAGCGCAAGAAGGCCAGGACCACCUUCACCGGCCGCCAGAUCUUCGAGCUGGAAAAGCAGUUCGAGCUCAAGAAGUACCUGUCCUCGUCCGAGCGCGCCGAGAUGGCAAGACUCCUGGGCGUCACCGACACGCAGGUGAAGAUAUGGUUCCAGAACAGGAGAACCAAGUGGAAGAAGCAUGACAACAUAACGAACGCGGAGGCGGCGGAGCACAAGUCGCAGCCGCCGCCGCCGGUGCCGCUCCCCGGCGCGCCCGUCAAGAGGCCCGUCAAGAAGGCCGCCUGCAGCAGCCCCGGGAAUGGGCUCGGGACUUUGUCCGCGGCGGCCGGCUCCCCCUUCUCGGCCGACGAGCACUCCAACGGGUCGACGCUGCUGACUGGCGAUGGCGACGCGGACGGGGACGGUUCUGUGUCCGAGAGCUGCUUCUCGGAGGAAACGCUGCCGGCGACCUGUGCCACCCAGUGCAGGGCGGCCACCACGACCACCACCGGCACCCCGCCGCCCACCGACGCGUCGCCGUGCGCGGCCUCGCUCAGCCCCGUCGUCAGCACGGCGCGGUCCUCCGCGUCGUCGCCGGCGCCCCUCCGCGCCUCCUCGCCUCCUCUGACCUCGCCCUCGCCCACUACCACCGACACCCAAUUGGAGGCCGUCGCCGUCGCCACACCGGUGCAAAGGAGCUCUGUCUCGCUGGAGGCGACCUUCUCGUCGCCAGUAGCGUCCCCGACCCCGGCCACCUGCCGCGCUCCAGCGUUACCAAACACAACGGCAACACCUGCAACGUCAACGCCAAGCUAACCAGGGCGUAUGCAUGAUGAGACGAAGGUUCGGCUGUCGUUUCGAUGGCAAAGAUAGUGUGAGUCAUAUGAGAGGAGAAAAAAAACACUCGUUCGAAUUACGAAUGUAUGCUCUUCGAACAAACUUUUUUAUACUCGUUGGAACUUCAUGUACAAGUUUAAGAGUUAUGUGACCUUUCUCGUGAGAAUUUUGUGAUGCCAUUUGUAUAUUUUCUACCCUUAAGAUUACUGUUCUUGUCUCUAUAUGUUUUCUUUCGUACAAGACAUAGUGUUAUUUUGCUGUAUAAACAACCUCAAUAUAUGGCUAGUGAAUUCAUAAAGUCAGUUAAAAUUUGUGCCAUACUGUUAGGAAAUUAAUAUUUUGCAAUUUAUACAUGUUUUCAAACUUUUGUUUUAACUAUUCAUUGAAUGAUUUAAAUUCUAGAUUUCUGAGCUGAGCACUGUUUUGUUUGUUUGUUUUUUUCAUUUUCAACGUCUAAAUUUCCGAAGUCAACUCGUUUUGUUUUUGUUUUCUCAUAGGAAUUUAAUUCUUCUUCCAUCCUCUUUUUCAAACAGUGAUGUUUUUUGAGUGUUUUCAGUCUUCUUUCAUCCAUGACUGAAGUUUCUCUGUUCAUCUUUGUAAAUGUUCUAACUUUUAACUUAUCAACUGAUUUCAUGCUUUUGUUUGUUGAAAUUAAACUUCCAAAGUUAUAACA